AUGAGUGAAUCGUAUCCUCAACCACCAGCUUAUGAUGAAAUCAACCGAACUUUUAUACCUGAAAGUUCUGAUCCGAAUUGGCAACCAUGGUAUAGAAAAUUUAUUGCAUUAAAAUUUACUGAACAAGAAGCAAAUGAAUAUACAAGAUUAUUUGUAAUAAAUGAAAUUGUAAUUAGUAUGAUUCCUGAACUUACUGAUGCUAUUCUUCAAUCAAUAGGAAUCGAUAAAGCUGGACAUCGUAUUCGAAUUCUACGUCUUCAAAACAAAGGUAUAAUUUCAACAUCAGCACGUUCAGUUAAAGUUAUUCCUCAAGUUGUUAAUACUCCACGAUGUGCUUGGCAUCGAAAUAUAGUAGCUAAUGAAAAAUGUUCUAGAUGUAAACGACUUGUAUGUUUAAAUUGUCGUCGAGAAAAAAUAAGUGACAAUAGUCGACGAUAUUAUUGUCAAGAAUGUUAUGAUGAAUGUACAAUUCUUUGA